AUGCAACGCUUUUGCGGGUUUCUGCGUGCAAUAAUCACGGCCGCUAGAUAUAACAAGAGUAUCACUAUCUAUAAAAUUCGAAAAUACCUCGGAAGUGUUGUUGAAGAUGCCGGCACGUACCCUAAAGACUAUGUAUUACACUGCUCUUCUAUCGAUACUGUCUCAGCCGUUUUGGAAGAAGAAGAAGAAGAAGACAAAAGUCACAUUGAAUAUUUUCAAGGAUUUAAGAGGUUCUAUGAACAUGGACUACCCGGGGAACUGCCUGCUCAGGUUGAAGAAAGGCUCCUACAAGAGCCGGAGUUAGUUGAGAUCAGAAGUCGCAUCACGCAACUUGAAGCCUUCGAUAGGGACAAAGAGGGAUUAACUGCAGAGCGAUUAAAAUACCGAAAGGCGUUGGUUCGGUUUCGCCUUUCUGAGCUAAAGAAGUACCAAAGCAGCUGGAUACGGGAAAGAAGAGACCGAAGAAUCCUUAAUAAAGGGAAAGGAGAGCAGGUAAUUGAUGACAAAAAUGAUGUUUGCACACGGUCUCAAGCCUUGAUAAUGCCGGAAUUCGCGCGAAUUUCGACCUUAAUGUCUUUUGACGGCGGGCUUUCCUUCACUGAGAUGCUCCUUUUCGUGGAAGACCUAAAAACUUAUUGCGGGCGUGACUUCGACGUGGUUUACCUUCCACAGGAAAGUCCCGUUGCUGGUCGCUGCCCCGCCGGAGAUUGUCACAAGGAGAUGAAAUGUCUCAAAAAAUCCGACCGCAGUGCCCACAUCCAUAACUGUGUUCGUCGUGGGAUUGCUUCGGACUUUCAGGUCUUAGAGUCAAAGUUGAAAUAUUGCUACGAGUGCAUGAAAUGGUUUCAGCUAAGCCAAUGGCGAGAUCAUUGCUCUUUCCACCUCCAGUCAUGGAAAACUCAGCACUGUGAGGUGAUCAUAUACCGUCACACGGUGGUCCGCCCCGGUUACUGCCCCUUUUGUGACCUUGACGCAGCAGACCGCUUACACUCGUGGCUGACCAGUGGUAAUUUGAGGCAACACGUUGAAGAACAGCAUAUGAAUGGAGAUCAGGGCGGUGAAAAGAAAUUACGAUGCGGAUGUGGUCAAAUAUUUGAUAAAGAGCGUGAACUACGACAUCAUUUACAUGACAUCCACAAGCUGAACAAAGCUAUAUGGCUAACUCCGAAGCACCAGAGGAAGAGAAAGCAUGCCUGCAAAGAGGAGGCGCAAAUAUCACCAGCUGAGCCGGAGGAGCGACGCUCCAAAAGACCUCGCUUUUACCGCUAUCCGCCUCCACGUCACGAGCAUGAGCAUCAAUUGUCAAAAAGCAUUUUCAUCCCCGUUCCCGCAUUGUGCGUUUUUGUUGAGGAACAUCCAGAGCAAUAUUAUUGUUCAAGUCUGAGCGAUAAGUCGACUAAAAGCAGCAGAGGUAGCUCGGUCAGCCCCUGCUCCUCUGCAAACAGUUCUCCACUCAGCUCGCGACCAACAACUCCUGGUUUGGAUGACAUUGAUCCAAGAAUCCUAGACUCUUUGGGAGUCUACAAAGCUCGGAGGCCUCAGCUUUGUGGUCAAGAUUACUCAGAAACGGAUGUGCUUGCAGUCCUUCCGGACGAGCACGAAGUCAAAUCCCAAUUACCCGCCGUUGGAGCACAUCCAGGGUUUCAUAUUCAAAGUAUUGCCGAUCAAUCCGUCCCUCAUUUUGAGACCAUUGGUUCUUGCUCUCUCGAGCCGGCUGAUCACAACACAAACGAUGCAUGCAAAAUUGGUGGUGGUGUUGCCAACCAGCUACAGUUACCUAGCCCAUCUCCAAUCGAGAACAACGCCAUAGAGAAGGACAUAGAAGUAAAACCUAUGGAAUUGCGCGUUCUGGGUGUGCCUACUACUGGCUUUACCGCAAGCGAAGCGAACGAGGAGAAGGAAAACCCACGAGACGCCCGACCU